AUGGAUAAUACCAAUCAAAAGAAAAUUGAUAAGCUGGCUCGAGUUCGAGAAAACCAACGCAAGAGCCGUGCUAGGAAGCAGGAGCACAUCCGCGGCCUAGAGCAAAAGCUGGUGGCUCUCCAAGAACAAGUCCAUAAAAAAGAUGUUGAACAUAGACUGGCUGUUCAGAAGCUGGAAGCCGAAAAUAGGGGCUUGAAACGUCUUUUUUCUCGCUUAGGGUUUCCUACCGAAACUAUUGCAGAAUAUGCUCAGGCACUUGCGGACCCAAACACGGCUCAGAAGGUUGCCAUUCCAGCUCUAAGACAGUCCCCGGCCACGCAGAAUCAACGGAACACUUGUGGGAGUUCGCCUUCAUUACCUAGGUGCCAGGCGGGUGCCGAGGUCCCACACAUAGUGGAGCUAGGAAGCUCAUUAAAGACAGACGUGCUCCAGGGCGCUGCAAGGCCCGCCAAAAGAACCGAGCCUCAGGAGAUUUCAGAUCAACAAAUAUCCGACCAACGUCUGUCCAUAUGUGGUUGUCUUCCUGGUGAAGCAGCGGGAUCACGACCCACUAGUUAUGAUGUUCUCAAUACGACCCUCUGCGCGAUUGCGGAAGAGCUGAUCAAGCAACACAAUAGACGUGGCUUGGACAUGGCAGAGAUUCAGAAAAAGCUCUGGGCAGGUUUCUCGAAUGGCCUCACAACUGACGAAGGAUGCAGAGUGCAAAAUCAGAUUUUAUUUCAGGUUCUAGAUGAGAUUAGUGGUGACUAA